AUGGGUCAAUUAGAAGUAAUUAUUGUUGAAGGAUGUAAUCUAAAACAAAAAGAUACAUUUAGUGAAAAUGAUGCAUAUGUUAAAAUUUAUUUUGAUGAUAAAAGUCAAAAACAAAAAUCAAAAACAAUACAAAAUUCAAAUAAUCCAAAAUGGAAUCAAUCAUUUGUUUUUAAUCAUUUGACAGGACAAGAUACUCUUUAUAUUGAUAUUUAUGAUAAAGAUUCAGUUAAAGAUGAAAAAAUUGGUUCGAUCCAUAUUGAUUUACAUGAUUUAUAUAAGAAAGGUCAUAUUGAUAAUUGGGUUCAUAUUCCAGCUAAAAAUGGAUCAACAUCUUGUGGUGAAAUUCAUCUUAUACUUCAUUAUGAAAGACUUCAACUAUAA